AUGGUCCUGCUGUGCACCGUGGCUGCGGGGCUGCUGCUGGGCCCAGCACGGGCCGUGUGCGAUGCGGCACUGCUGCAGCGCAAGCGUGUCACCCUCUGCAUCAACGUGUCACGGCAGCAGCCAUUCCCCCCGCUGCAGCCCCUCCGCUGCACUGUGAAGGCUGCCAGGCCUGAAGCAGAACCCAAUGCAGGAUUUUGGGCUCAGCUGCAGCGAUAUGAAGAAGAUCUACGGCUGCGAAAGCUGUCAGCUGAGCAACAGACUUAA